AUGCCUCUCGACGAUGUCCGUGUCGGUGACGUGGUCAAUGUCCCCGGUGGCAUGCAUGGGACGAUCAAAUACCUCGGACCGGUAGCGGGCAAACCAGGUCGCUUCGCCGGAGUCGAGCUGAGUGCAGAACAUGCGCAGCGAGGGAAGAACAGCGGCGACGUGGACGGCCGGAAGUACUUUGUGACUUUGACUCCGGGAGCCGGCAUCUUCGUCCCUAUGAACAAUAGCAAAUACGUCACCAGACGGUCGAGCUCGAAUCAUUCUACGCCGACGACUCCAAGACGCGCAGCACCAGUCAAUUUCAGCAAAUCCGUCGGCCCGGCACUCACUACACCUCGUCCGCGCGUCCGACGACCGUCCCUCCCCCGUCCGGAGUCUCCCCGUGUCCCCCCUCCGAAGCUCAGCCUAAGCGGCUUGCGUACACCUUCAGCUGCAUCCAAGUCUGGCGGAAUCAAUGGCAUGCGAAGCCCGGUCAAGGCGCCGUCCCGACUGUCCGAUAGGCCUUCCUCGCGGAUCAGCACGGAGGACGACGCUUCGUCAUAUGGACGGCCAUCCGACUUCCGGCAGCAGGCCCACUCGUCAGAACUCCAAGAUUUGAAGGAUCAAAUCAAGAGCCUAGAGAAGCAGCUUUUGGACCGAGAUAAACAAUUGGAUGAGCAGUCUGGAACUUUAAAUGAAUUCCAAAAGACAUUAGAGGAAUUGGAGGGAUCGGACGGUCAUUCGAUCCGUACACAGCUGCGCGAACGAAACGAGCGAAUUAUCCAAUUGACCGCCGAAUUCGAUGGCCACCGAGCCGAUUUCAGAAGCACUCUUGAUACAUUGGAGAUUGCGGCCUCCGAGACCGAGCGGGUCUACGAACAGCGUCUCGAUGAGCUGAUGCAGCAGAACCAACAUUUCCUGGACCGCGGCGAAGAUGUUGAGAUUGUUGCGCAGCAGCUUAAGCAGUUGGAAGAGUUAGUCUCCGAGCUGGAAGAGGGUCUUGAGGAUGCCCGGCGGGGAGAGGCCGAGGCUAGAGCCGAGGUCGAGUUCCUCCGUGGUGAAGUCGAGAGAACCAAGCUAGAGCUGAAGAAGGAGCGUGAUCAUUCGGCUGCGGCGUUGAAAGACGCGCAUUCUACAUCAGACAGCCCACGAAACAGCAGCGAGUUGGACCAAAAGGACGAUGAGAUCCGCGGACUCAAGGCUAUCAUUCAUUCUCUCAGCCGUGGGAACCCAAAUGCAGCAAGCUUGGGACAGAACGGCUCUGAUGAUCAUAAUCCGGAGCUCUCUGAACUAGAACAGCGGAUCCAAGAGGUCGAAGAGACCGUUGGCCGCAAGGACCACCGCAUUGAGGAGCUUGAGCGUGAACUGCAAGAAAUGCAGCUUGACUCUCGUGGCGGCCGUAACCGCAGUUCUACUGUCACUCUUUCUCCCAAGCAACACAGACCUUCCCACUCCUCGGGCAACAUCUCCAACAACUCCAACGGUCUGAACCAAGCUCAUCGUCUCUCUGACCGCACUGUUGUUCCAACUGACUGGCAUGAUGCACCCUCCGAGCCGCGUCAUCUCCGGGGAGCCUCUAACUCAUCCCAACAAAGACUCGAGACAAUGCAUGAAUCUGAGCGCGGCUCUGACGAGGACACAAUGUGGUGUGAAAUCUGUGAAACAGGCGGCCACGACAUCCUAAACUGUACCAGCAUGUUCGGCUCCGGCCAGAACAACGAGCAGUCCAAGAAGCCAGCCGAGGCCGGGGAGCCCACUCCCCAGCACUCAGUCCCUGAGAAGACGGCAUCCAGCCACACAGGUAACUCAGACAACUAUGCAGAUGCCACCUCCUCGCAAAAAACAGGACGGGACGUCGUCCUAGAAGGCCUCAAGGGUAUCGGCGGACUGGGCAACUCCAUGGACCCGAUUGCCGGCAAGUCUUCAGGCGUCAUUGACGAGUCGAAGUGGUGUGCUCUGUGCGAGCGAGAUGGCCAUGAGAGCAUUGACUGUCCGUUUGAUGAAUAA